AUGGCAACUGAAAAGGACAAAAGAUUACAAGGCAUCGCCGCUUUCGAUAAACAACUGCACUACUAUACAAUAACAUUUGAAAGUGGCGAAGAAGCGAGGCUGUAUAUUCUCAACGACCACGUGUUCCGUUACUAUAUGUCACCGACAGGCGAAUUUAUGGAUUAUCCAAAACCACACAACACCGCCGAUACCGCAAAAAUUAUAGCUAAAGACCAAGAUAGCUACGGAUAUGAGGCACAUAACUAUUCAACGCUCAAUAACGAAAAAUUACACUACAUUGUUCAAACGAGACACAUAAGCAUCGUCUUUGAUAAGAUAACAACAACAAUAAAAGUGCACGAUACUAGACGCAACAAAGAUGUAUUGAUCGAGUUCACCUCCUUAUCGUAUGACGACGAAGAAAGCACACAAACCUUAUUUCAAAGUUCUGAUGAGUAUUUCUUCGGCGGAGGAAUGCAAAACGGCAGAUUCACGCACAAGAAUGAAGUUAUAGACAUAGCUAACACAAAUAAUUGGAUUGACGGUGGAGUAACUUCACCUUGCCCUUUCUACUGGUCUACAAACGGCUACGGGAUACUUAGAAACACUUGGCAGCCAGGAGUAUACGAUUUCGGAGUUAACUCCAGCGAGAUCAUACAAACUACUCACACCGAGAUAAAAUAUGACGCCUAUUACUUCAUUAGCUUCCAGCCAAUGGACAUUUUAAAAGACUAUUACGAAUUGACAGGAUAUCCUUUAUUAAUGCCAGAAUAUGCGUUUUACGAAGCACACUUGAACGCAUUCAAUCGUGACUAUUGGGUCGAAGUAACUCCUAAUACUCAAGGAGCAAUACUAUUUGAAGAUGGCAAAUACUACAAGUGCUAUCAGCCGAAAGAUAUGGACGAAAAGACUGGUAUUUUGGAAUCACUAAACGGCGAGAAGGAUAACUAUCAGUUCUCAGCCCGAGCUAUGAUAGAUAGAUACAGACGACACGAUAUGCCUCUAGGAUGGUUUAUACCCAAUGACGGUUAUGGAUCGGGCUAUGGCCAAACAGACACGUUAGAGGGCGAUAUUAAAAACCUAAAACAGUUUUCUGACUACGCUGCGCAACAGGGCAUUGAAGUCGCCCUAUGGACUGAAUGUAAUUUAGAACCUGUAGAUCCUCUUAACCCGAAGAAAGGUGAUAGGGAUUUGGCAAAGGAAGUGAGUAUAGCUCAUGUAGUAGCCCUAAAAUGCGAUGUCGCAUGGAUCGGAGAAGGUUACUCCUUUGCUCUAAGUGCCGUCGAAAACGCUUCCGAUAUUUUUGUGAAGAAUACUAAGCGACGGCCAAUGAUUAUAAUGGUGGAUGGAUGGGGUGGCACGCAAAGAUAUGCUGGUAUUUGGAGCGGUGAUCAGACCGGAGGGGAGUGGGAGUACAUCCGUUUACACAUACCGACAUAUAUCGGAUCGGGCUUAUCCGGCAUGCCAAUUGUGGGAUCUGAUAUGGACGGCAUUUACGGAGGAGGCUUAAGAGAAGUCAAUAUCCGAGAUUAUCAAUGGAAGACAUUCACUCCCCUACAAUUGAAUAUGGAUGGCUGGGGACGCAUUCCUAAGACACCCUUUAGCUUUGAUGAAGAAGCACAAACGAUUAAUAGAGCGUAUUUAAAAUUAAAGUCAAUAUUAAUGCCGUAUAACUAUACCUUGGGAUAUGAAGCUAUCCACGGAUUGCCGAUGAUCCGAGCUAUGUUUUUAGAAUUUCCACAUGAGACCAGUUCAUAUACUAACGAUUCAAAGUAUCAGUUUAUGUGGGGAUCAAGUAUCUUAGUAGCACCCAUCUAUAAUGAUAAAUCCUGUAAUGACGAUUCUAUUCGCGACGGUAUUUAUCUUCCAGAUAAAAAUCAAUUAUGGAUAGACUUUUUUACAGGUCAGAAAUUUCAAGGCGGUAAAAUUUACAACAACUUCGUAUCACCCUUGUGGAAGAUACCAGUAUAUAUCCGAGAAGGAUCUAUUAUACCUAUGACAACUCCAAAUAACAACCCUAACGAAGUAAAAAGAGAUACGAGAAUAUUCACAAUUUACCCAAACGGUAACCAUAGCUUCGUUUCUUAUGAAGAUGACGCUAUUUCUUCAGAGUAUUCAAAUGGCCAGAAAGCAGAAACACAAAUAAACAUCGUCGGGCCAACAUCCAAUGCAACUGGGUCACUGCUCGUAACGAUAUAUAAAACUAACGGUUCUUAUAAAGGUAUGGUAAAAGAUAGAACUACGGUACUGCAAAUAAUGUGCACGAGAAACAUAAAUAAGCUUAAGGCGUCUGUUAACGGUGAAAAUGUGAAGCUAAAAAAAGUGCACACGGAACAAGAUUUCAAACAAAAUAUCAAUUGCUAUUGCUUUACUAAGAAUUUCGUUAUUAAUCCAUUCAUGAACGAAAUAAGCAGAACUGGACAGAGUUUUUUGUUAAUAAAAAUAGAUAAAUUGGACAUAACUUUAAGUGAGAUUAAUAUAAAAAUUGCAGACUAUACAAACGAUGCUGUUAUUUUUGGUAGAACAGGUGAAGUUGAUUCAACUAUUCCAGCACCAGAGGGAUUCCAAGACAAAGAAAAUACUCCUAAUAGCAUAACCAUGGAAUGGAAAGAUGUUGAUAAAGAUUUUUAUGAAAUUGAAAGAGACGGUGUCGUAUUUACAAAUAUAGUAGGUACAAAAUUCACUUUCGACAAUUUUGUAUGCAACAGUGAACACAACUUCAGAAUUAGAGCUGUGAAACAUGGUAAAGUAUCAAACUGGACCAAAUUGGUCACAGGAAAGACGAAGGAGGACCCGUAUAAAGUAUAG